ACGUGAAACAAAGUAAUACCAGCAUGUAAUCGAUCUUUCAUUGAUCACAUCAGCAGUUUCACAGUUUGUCAUUUUGUAAUUUAAACAUUGCACUGUGAUCUGUUGGAAAGAAAGUACCGGAGAUAAUUGACAAAUAUAAGAAUGGGGUGGCUUUUCCUGGCGGUUGCUACUGUGGUCAUACACAUGAUUUCCGGAAAUGCCAUCGACAUCGCGCAAGAUGCUGGGCAGCGGCGAAAUCCUGGCCCUCCAGAAAUAGAGCCACAUAAUCCCUCACCAAUAUAUCGUAGAAUGCCUGGAGGCAGCAUAGACCCUGGCGGUCAAGUCAACCCGAAAAUUGCCCGCAUGAUACACCGUAGAAAUCCUGGAGCCAAGGCAGACAUAGAGUUACAUCGUAGAAAUGAUGGAGUAGGUGUAGAUCCAAAGGCCACCAUUCCAUUUUAUCGUAGAAGCCCUGGAGGCAGGAUAAAUUCAAAGGAAGCAUCCCCGCUACACCGUAGAAAUCCUGGAAGCAGCAUAAAUCCAAAGGAAGCAUUCCCGCUACACCGUAGAAACCCUGGAAGCAGCAUAAAUCCAAAGGAAGAAUCCCCGCUACACCGUAGAAACCCUGGAGGCCGCAUAAAUCCAAAGGAAGCAUCCCCGAUACACCGUAGAAACCCUGGAGCCGAUGUUAGCCCAAAGGCACUAUUUCCUAUAGAUCGUAGAGCCAGUGGUGACGCCGCGGGAAGAAUAGUUUCAGAUGGUUACUCGCCAGUUGUAAAAACACCGAUCCCUCAGCCUUCUCCUACCGGUUAACGCAGAAUGGCACAUAAUAACUGGCCCUGAAUACCAACCAAGGAACAUUUCUGAAAAAAAACACAUCAGUUUUAAAGUAGACAUUACGCCAUUCGGCUUUGACAAAAUACUAAUAGAUUUUUUUAUUCCACUUCAUAAACUUCAGUUCAUCUGUCUCAAAUAUAAUAAACAAGACUUACUAAGCAAUUCAGCGAAUAAAUCGAUUUCACUGCA